ACUGCAGGGAGAGCCGUGGUUGCCAUGGUACAGCGUCAGCCCGAGUGUUGGAGCAAACCUCAAGGCGUGGGCUCUAAACUCUCUCUGGACGCUCUCAGCUGCUCUGUGUCUCUUUCCUGCGGUGGAUAAUGACACGAUGCUCACUUUAAAAGGGAUCAAGAUUGCUUAUUGUUCCCAGAAUACACAGAAUGUUCUGACCUGGAGACAGAAGACACAACCACUUUGAGGAGAGACAAAGAAGAUGUGGAGGAAGAUGGCAGCAGCAGAGAUGAUGUGAAUAUGAUGUAACCUAUGUGUCCAACGCAGAACCUCCUCUCCAGGUAGCAAAAUGGAAUCAGAAAACAAACCUGACGUGUAUGAAGACAACCGAGACCUGGAUCAAAGCCGCCAGUCACUCCGAAGUACAAAGAAGUGCUCCAGAGAGUCGUCUCCUCAGAAACACAAAUCAAACUUGAAGGAGGACAACAAGGAGGAAAAAGAUGACAGUGUUGAGAAUCGAUCCAGAACCAGAACCUGGCGUUCAGAUCCAGAUCGGGACCGCAUGUCAGACAGAGAGGUACAGGGGAGCGGUAGGUCGUUUUACUCAGAGGACUACGACUCGGCGUCAGAGGGCUCGCUGUCAUCAUACUCCCGGUCCCGCACUCCAUCUCCUGCUCCUCAAAGAGGGGUGCGAGGGAAGAGGAUUUCUGGGAGCCCCCUUUAUAAGACGGGUGGUCUGGGACGCCGAGGUCUCUCUCGUCCACUGCGCCCAGGUGGCCAGCCUCUAACCCAGCAGCAUCGCAGAGGAGUACGCUCACAAAGCAAGGAGUCCACCCCGCCUAAAGACCUGGACCUGGUGACCAAGAAGAUGCUUUCAGCCCGUCUGCUGAAGAUCAACGACUUACGUAACUCGCUUGCUGAGCUUCAACAGCGUACAGAUGAGCUGCAGAGGGAGAAUCGAAUCCUCAGACAGCUUCAGGUGCGUCAAGAGAAAGCCCUGCAGCGCUACGACGACACAGAGAGUGAGAUUUCCCAGUUGCUGACGCGCCACUCCAACGAGACCCACGUGUUGCGCGAACGGCUCAGGCGCACCCAAGAUCGGGAGCGGGCUGCCGAGCGGCGGUCAAAGGAAAGCGAGGAGCAGCUGCAGAGGAGUCAGGCCACCAUCGUCAGACUGAAGAAGCUGGUUGACCAGAGAGAGCUCGGAGCGAGAGACGAGCUGAGCCGCAGCCUAGAAGAAGAGAAGGUCCGGGCCCAGGAGGCAGAACGGAAGAUAAAGGAACUGGAGCGUAGCAUGGAGCUGAGCAACAGCAGUUUCCAGAGGCAGCUGGCUGCAGAGAGGAAGAAGACCAUCAGUGCCCAGCAAGACAUCAGGACUCUGCAGGAGGAGCUGGAGCGACUGACCAACAAACUCAAGGAAAAGGAGAGAGAGCUAGAUACGAAGAACAUCUAUGCAAACCGCAUGAUGAAACCCUCACUGAAGAAAGAUCUGGAAAAUGGGACCAAGCUGAAAGCACCCAGCAGGAACAGCAGCAAGGCAGUGCAGACUAAAGACAGGUCCUCCAGUCUGGACUUCCCUUCACCUCCGCCUGCUGUCACAGAUGCCACUGAGUACAAUGAACAGCCAUCUGAUGAAUACAUAUCACUGAAGGAGCUCUGCAGUGGGGACAGACAGGCGGCCACAGAAGCUAGACAUCAAAACGGAGAACAGCAGAAGACGAGAGACAAAGACAAACAUAUAGACAAGGAGAAAGAGUCAUUGAAGGAAAAAGAGAGUGAAAAACGACAACUCAACCAUGAGCCACAUGUGCAUCAGGAGAAGACGAAGACGCUACCAAAGCUGUGGGACAAAGAAGAGGAGGGAGACAGAAAACAGACAAGCUCCCUGUUCAACCAGGAGGAAGAGGAGGGAAAAGGGAAGCGUGGACAUGUCCAUGAAGAGGUGGAGAGAUGGAACCAUGAGGUUCUGGCCAGUCAGCAUGUGACAGAGGAAGCACGUCGCAAAAAAGAGCAGCUGUUGGCGAAGAUGCGUGAAAUAGACCUUUCCAUUAAAGGAGCCUCGGACGCCAUGUUUUCAGAGUCUGGUCCUUCUCAGUCUUAUAUGAGUACCGGUGAACAUUCCUCUCCUCGUCCUCCUGAGCAGAGGAUCCAUAACUCAGCCAUUUUUGACCUCACAGAACCGGAGGAACGUGCCGGAAGCAGGGAAGGAGGGAGGAGGAGAUCAGGCGUAGAGGGUGGAGCUAUUAUAACAGGCAUCGGGAGGAGGGCGCUACGGUCUCAAACCUCUAAUGACGACUUAGCCUUCGGAAGCUACGCUCCUUCUUUUGGAAAUUCAACAUCCCGAGGUUCCUCAGGCUUCCCUCCACCUCCGUCCGCAGAGGAGAGGGACUCGGCGUUAGCAGCAAUAGGUGUUUUCAGUCUUCGAGGAGUGGAGACGGAGAAGGAGAAGGAGACAGAAAGAGGCGUGGGUAAGGACAGGAAGUCUAGCCUCAUGCAGCAGCUGUUUGGUACCCUGGCAACUCCUGUUAGUGACAGUAUGAGCAACCCAAAUAAAAUGGAAGUCCUCAGCAGUCCUCCUGCUACCAAUGGGGUGCGUUCAAGAAGGGAAGGACUUAACAGCUUCAGCUCAGGGUCAUCCACACCUCCAGCAUCGGCCCUGAACACCGUGCACGUGGCAGAGAGCAGACCUGCCGUCCGUGCCAUCGCUUCCUUUAACGAUGAUGAGAUAGAAGAACUCACCUUAUAAAAUACAUUUAUAUAACAUGUAGGAGGCCGUCACAUCUGUCCGUCGCAAUAUGAGAAAGUAUGAAGAAAUCCUAGAGAUGAGGCCAUGAAGAUGAUACAGAUGUUUCUAAAAGAGUCUUCAAUCCUCUUAGACUAUUUCACGAUGAAGAGUUUUUAGAUUGAUGCCAGUUUUACUCACAAGUGUUGCCAAGAUGGUGGCAUUUACUGGUUGCACUUAAAGUCUAAGACAAUCCUCAGGUGGCAUUAUGGGAUAGCAGAGCGAUUACUCACAAACAACCAACAAGAAUCAAUACUGUGAGAAAGACCGUCACACUCACGCAGGUUUCAUGAAGUCUAGUUGAUUCACAAGUCACUACUUUUGUCAUAUUUGUGGUAAGAGUAGUUUGAGAUGUCUGUUGUUAUUAUCAUUGGUAAUAUAAUAAAAGCUACAACUCAGCAAUGUGACAAUCACAGUGUGUUUAAACUGCUUCCUGAAUGUCUGACAGAUCUGUUAAAGAAGCUCUGGAAAGAACAUCUAACUACUAUUUCAAAGUAACCUCACUUUACUGGAGUGCUAACAUUGGAUGUUUUUUUACACACCUCAAAGGGAAUUGUUGUUCAGUUUUUUCAGGAUACAUUUUGUAACAGCUAUACUAAUGUUUCAUUGUCAGAAUGUUAAUGUGGUGUUUAAUUUAACAAGUAAAUAAUGAUAAAGACACUUUGUAUAACACUUAGCGAACAAGUCCUAAGUAGGAUUUUAAUGCGACCUCUUCUUGUAACAACGUAUUUAAAGUAUUGCAUUGUAACUUUUACUUAAAGCUCCUGUGAGGAA